UGCCCGCGCCGGCUCCCACCCGGCCCGACCCCGAUCCGGCCCGGCCAGGCUCCACACCAGCCACGAUGGAGGUGAUGAACCUGAUCGAGCAGCCCAUCAAGGUGACCGAGUGGCAGCAGACAUACACCUACGACUCAGGCAUCCACUCAGGCGCCAACACCUGUGUGCCCUCAGUCAGUGGCAAGGGCGUCAUGGAGGAUGACGAGAGCUGCGGGCGCCAGUACACGAUCAAGAAGACCACCACCUACACACAGGGCGUGCCCCAGAGCCAAGGUGACCUUGAAUACCAGAUGUCCACGACGGCCAGAGCGAAGCGGGUGCGGGAGGCCAUGUGUCCUGGCGUGUCGGGCGAGGACAGCUCUCUGCUGCUGGCCACCCAGGUGGAGGGGCAGACCACCAACCUGCAGCGCCUGGCCGAGCCAUCCCAGCUGCUGAAGUCGGCCAUCGUGCAUCUCAUCAACUACCAGGAUGAUGCCGAGCUGGCCACCCGGGCCCUGCCCGAGCUCACCAAGCUGCUCAACGAUGAGGACCCGGUGGUGGUGACCAAGGCAGCCAUGAUCGUAAACCAGCUGUCGAAGAAGGAGGCGUCGCGCCGGGCCCUGAUGGGCUCGCCCCAGCUGGUGGCGGCUGUUGUGCGCACGAUGCAGAACACCAGCGACCUGGACACGGCCCGCUGCACCACCAGCAUCCUGCACAACCUCUCCCACCACCGCGAGGGGCUGCUCGCCAUCUUCAAGUCAGGCGGCAUCCCCGCUCUGGUUCGCAUGCUCAGCUCCCCCGUGGAGUCCGUCCUGUUCUACGCCAUCACCACGCUGCACAACCUGCUGCUCUACCAGGAGGGGGCUAAGAUGGCAGUGCGCUUGGCGGACGGGCUGCAGAAGAUGGUGCCCUUGCUCAACAAGAACAACCCCAAGUUCUUGGCCAUCACCACUGACUGCCUGCAGCUCCUGGCCUACGGCAACCAGGAGAGCAAGCUGAUCAUCCUGGCCAAUGGAGGACCCCAGGCGCUUGUGCAGAUCAUGCGUAACUAUAGUUACGAGAAGCUGCUCUGGACCACCAGCCGGGUGCUCAAGGUGCUGUCUGUGUGUCCCAGCAAUAAGCCUGCCAUUGUGGAGGCCGGUGGGAUGCAGGCUCUGGGCAAGCACCUGACAAGCAACAGCCCCCGCCUCGUGCAGAACUGCCUGUGGACCCUGCGCAACCUCUCAGAUGUGGCCACCAAGCAGGAGGGCCUGGAGAGCGUGCUGAAGAUCCUGGUUAACCAGCUGAGCGUGGAUGACGUCAACGUCCUCACGUGCGCCACGGGCACUCUCUCCAACCUGACGUGCAACAACAGCAAGAACAAGACACUGGUGACUCAGAACAGUGGCGUGGAGGCCCUCAUUCACGCCAUCCAGCGUGCCGGCGACAAGGAUGACAUCACAGAGCCCGCCGUCUGUGCCCUGCGCCACCUCACCAGCCGCCACCCCGAGGCCGAGAUGGCCCAGAACUCUGUGCGUCUGAAUUACGGCAUCCCAGCCAUCGUGAAGUUGCUCAACCAGCCCAACCAGUGGCCGCUGGUCAAGGCAACCAUUGGCCUGAUCAGGAAUCUGGCGCUGUGCCCAGCCAACCAUGCCCCACUGCAGGAGGCCGCGGUCAUUCCCCGCCUCGUGCAGCUGCUGGUCAAGGCGCACCAGGACGCCCAGCGCCAUGUGGCUGCGGGCACACAGCAGCCCUACACGGAUGGCGUGAGGAUGGAGGAGAUUGUGGAGGGCUGCACUGGAGCUCUGCACAUCCUUGCCCGGGACCCCAUGAACCGCAUGGAGAUCUUCCGGCUCAACACCAUCCCCCUGUUCGUACAGCUCUUGUACUCGUCAGUGGAGAACAUUCAGCGUGUGGCCGCCGGGGUGCUGUGCGAGCUGGCCCAGGACAAGGAGGCGGCCGACGCCAUCGAUGCUGAGGGGGCCUCCGCGCCCCUCAUGGAGCUGCUACACUCCCGCAAUGAGGGCACAGCCACCUAUGCCGCUGCUGUCCUGUUCCGCAUCUCCGAGGACAAGAACCCAGAUUACCGGAAGCGUGUGUCUGUGGAGCUCACCAACUCCCUCUUCAAGCACGACCCGGCUGCCUGGGAGGCUGCCCAGAGCAUGAUCCCCAUCAACGAGCCUUACGCAGAUGACAUGGAUGCCACCUACCGCCCCAUGUACUCGAGCGAUGUGCCCCUCGACCCCCUGGAGAUGCACAUGGACAUGGACGGGGACUACCCUAUCGACACCUACAGUGACGGCCUCAGGCCCCCCUACCCCACUGCUGACCACAUGCUGGCCUAGGCGCCUCGACCCCUGGUAUAGCACCCUCACUGCGGGCUGCUGGAGCACCGGCUUUUGCGUCUCUCUAGAGCCUCCUUCCGCUACAGGCCAUCCCAUUUCUCCGUGGAAACGCUGGCUCCUUUUCAGGGGUGGGGAUGCUGCCCUGCUGAGCCUCCCCAGGCAAGGUGCACCCUGCCUUAUUCCUGUGUCUUUGCUUGGGGCAGGGGGUCCUGCUCCUACCAGCCACUUCCUUCCAGGGGUGGUGGGCAGGCGACACGGGAGUGGCAUGAGCUUCUGGGGACACAGGUCUGCCGAGCCCCUGACCUCUCUGUGUCUCUGCUCACCCCCACCAGGUGUGGUUCCUCAACUGAGAGGCUCUCCGUGCGGGCGAUGGGGCGAGACAGAAAAGUGCCUGAGCAGGGGCCGGGGCCGCGACUUCCUGCUGAACUCCGCGCCCCCAGAGGUCCUCCGUAGGGUCUUUCUUGGGAUGGUGUUCUGCUCCUUCUUUUCUGUCCUGGGCCUGACACCCCCUCCCCACCCCUGUGGCCCUGGCCACUUAAAGCUUCAGACACAAACUGCCCACUCUGUUGCCCGCCCCAGAACCCCCACCCCCGGCCUGUCUCCAGCUGCCUGGGCCCCACAGGGUUUUGGUUCCUUCUCUGCGUCUGAUUUUCUCACCGAACUCCACUGACAGCUGCCCUGAAUUCCUGGGGUCUCCAGGACCCAGGUUCAAGGCCUGAACCUUCCAAAUCCAGAGCUUCUCUUGAAAAGUUCAGAAACCGUCCAGGGGAGACGGGGCGCAGGCGUGGAGAGUGAGUCCCCGCUCUGGGACACAGCCCGCUUCUCUCUCCAGGAUGCUGAAUUGGCUUUGCUCAGCACCAGGGAGAUUUGGGGACAGCUCCCACACACCCUGUCCCACCCACACAACUGCCCUGGCUGGCCCCCAAGAAGUGCUCUUGGCUGACCCCUCUGGUGUGCGGUGAGGGGCUUUCUCUUCCCCUUCCGGUUUCAGACUCCCCCCACCACCUCCUGCACACGGCAGGGGGGACGGGGGGGGGUCCCAGCAGAGAGUUUUAUUAUUAUCGCUUUAUGUUUUUGGUUAUUGGUUUUUUUGUAUAGACCAAAGCAAAGAAAAUAAAAGUUACACAGA